GAGUAACUUCGCUUUGGCUACAGUGCAUCGCUAAUUGAACAGAUGUCUUGAAUCGAUUUCCAGACCUGGACAACCACCAGCAGACCGUGCACAUACUGCGGCAUAUAUUCCCGCGUCAGUAUGGGUUGCACAACGUCUUUGCCUCGGUAGUAGACAAGCGCGAGACGACCAUGGCGUUCAAGGACUACACACUACGAGAAAAAGAAAUCCAUCAGGCGAUGUGCCGGGAGAUUCCCGAAUCCAAACGCACAAAUGAGCUGGUUCUAAGAUGGAAACAGCGUGUACCAAAAAGACUUCGUGGACAGGCGACGGAGUUGAUCAACAAGCUUCGAAAGCUGACCAAGCGGUGCGCAUACGUAGAACUUUUGCGCCAUUAUUGCCCUGUUGAGGUAACCACAACACGGUACCCUCGACGGACCAAGCUGACGCUCACAGGGACUCGAUCUCUCUUCCAAACCGUGCUGGCGGAAAAGCGCACUGCAGCCAAAAGACCAUGCUUCGCGGGGCGUGGAUCCAGUGGAAGGACGCAAGGCCGACUCCGACUCUCUCUCCAAGCCUCGAGCCGUAGAAGAUACCUGUUUCACAGAUAUGGCGUGUCCCACGGCGCACGUCUCCGCAUUUUGCCGCGCCGUACUCGCCAAAGUCAUCCCCAAUGCAUUCUGGGGAACCGAAGAAAACAAGCGCAUGAUCAUGUUCUGGAUAGACCACUUCGUCAGCCUCCGCAGGUUUGAGAGCCUCACACUGCAUCAGGUGACGGAGAGCAUCCAGGUAAGCCAAUCGUAUGCAUGAAAGUCGCAUAGACGUUUGACAGCCGUGCAGAUAUCCACAUUAGCCUGGCUCCGGCCGCCCGGUCAAGAUCCUGCUGCAUCGAUGGCUAAAUCCGAUCACGAUAAACGCAGAGAGAUCUUGCUGGAGUUUGUGUACUGGGUCUUCGAUUCGUUUCUGAUUCCGCUUAUUCGCUCGAAUUUCCACGUCACAGAAUCGAAUGUGCAUCGCAACCGUCUGUUCUAUUUUCGACAUGAUGUUUGGCGCAUGUUGGCGGAGCCUUCCUUAUCAAACUU